AUGAAUGAAUGGAGAGACUUGAACUGGAUUUUCAUUGUCACCAUCAUCAACCUAUCAGGCAAUAUUUCGCCUCCCACACUGCUGCUAUCACCGGUAUGCCCGCCCCUGUGGGGUUGGCAAAGCCCUGGUGGAGAGCACCCCCACCUCGCGCUCAGGAGCUCGGGGGAGGACCCGGACACAGCGGGGCUCGGGGUAGGUCUCAAGGCCAGGUGUCCUCCUGGCUCCCAGGUUCACAUGCAUUGGGGGAGGAGCGGCGGAAGAAAAAAGAGAGACUGAAACAGGGAACGCCCCGUACCUAGAGGGGACCGCGGGCGGCGCCUAGUGCGCCUCCGGCCUCAAGGCCAGCAGCCGCCGGGGACCUCGACUUCCUCCUUUCGGGGCCGGCGCGCGGGCUGGGCGGGGCGGGGCGGGCGACGCCUCCGUCGGGCUGGGCUCCCGGCCGCCCCAAUGGGAUUCGGUGCGGGGCCGCGGCUGCGCCCAGUCCCGGCGGCGCGCUCGGCCGCGGAGGAGGCUGCCCGGCCGGGGCAGCGGAGGCGCUGCGCUCCGCGAGGGGAGGCCGAGCGUGCCAAGCUGGCGCCGGGCGGGGCCAUGGUGGCCGGCUCCCGCGGCCUCCUGGCCCUCCUGUUUGUGGUCUCCGCCCCGCUCCGGCUGCAGGCGGGCGAGCUGGGUGAUGGCUGUGGGCACAUAGUGACCUAUCAGGACAGUGGCACCAUGACGUCUAAGAAUUACCCAGGGACUUACCCAAAUCACACGGUUUGUGAAAAGACCAUCAGAGUACCAAAAGGGAAGAAACUGAUCCUGAGGCUAGGAGAUUUGGAUAUUGAAUCCCAGACCUGUGCUUCUGAUUACCUUCUCUUCACCACCAAUUCUGAUCAGUAUGGACCAUAUUGUGGAAGUUUGCCUGUCCCCAAAGAACUCCUGUUGAACACGAAUGAAGUCACUGUUCGCUUUGAGAGUGGAUCCCACAUUUCGGGGCGGGGAUUUUUGCUGACCUAUGCCAGCAGUGACCAUCCAGAUUUGAUAACGUGCUUGGAACGCGCUAACCAUUACUUGAAGACAGAAUACAGCAAAUUCUGCCCAGCUGGUUGUCGAGACAUUGCAGGAGAUAUUUCUGGGAAUCUGGUGGAUGGAUACAGAGAUACCUCAUUACUGUGCAAAGCCGCCAUCCAUGCAGGAAUCAUUGCAGACGAGUUGGGCGGUCAGAUCAACGUGCUUCAGCGCAAAGGGCUAAGUCGAUAUGAAGGAAUCCUGGCCAACGGUGUGCUCUCAAAAGAUGGUUCCCUGUCUGACAAGCGAUUUCUCUUUACCUCCAAUGGUUGCAGCAGAUCAUUGAGUUUGGAACCUGAAACACAGAUCAGAGCUUCUUGGCAGUGGGUCAGUGAGAUGGGAGAAGAGGUUCACUGGUCUCCUGGCCAUGCCCAAGUUCAGGGCCAAGACCUGUCAUGGGCUUCAAGGGACAGUGGCAAGAACCGCAAACAGCGCGAGUGGCUAGAGACUGAUUUGGGAGAGAAAAAGAAAAUAACAGGAAUUAUGACCACAGGAUCCACACAGUCAAAUUUCAACUUUUACGUUAAGAGUUUCGUGAUGAAGUUCAAAAACAACAAUUCCAAGUGGAGGACCUAUAAAGGAAUUGCGAAUAAUAAAGAAAAGGUGUUUCAGGGCAACUCUAAUUUUCGGGAUCCAGUGAGGAAUAAUUUCAUCCCUCCCAUCGUGGCUAGAUACGUGCGGGUUGUCCCCCAGACGUGGCACCAGAGGAUAGCCUUGAAAGUGGAGCUCUUUGGCUGCCAGAUCACACAAGGUAAUGAUUCAUUGGUGUUGCACAAAGCAAGUCCAAACACUGUCAGUGCCACUGAAAGAGAAGAUGAGAUGAUCACAAAAUCCGUCCCCUCUCCAGAAGUACCCACAGGAAUAAACAUCACAGCUGUUACAAUUCUGCCGGUGCUCCUUGCCCUGCUGCUUGGAAUAGGAAUCUUUACAGCCUUUAGAAAGAAGAAGAAGAAAGGAAAUCCAUAUGGAUCAGCUAAGGCCCAGAAAACAGACUGUUGGAAGCAGAUCAAAUAUCCCUUUGCCAGACAUCAGUCCACUGAGUUCACCAUAAGCUAUGAUAAUGAAAAGGAAAUAACGCAAAAGUUAGAUCUCAUCACAAGUGAUAUGGCAGAUUAUCAGCCGCCGCUCCUGAUCGGCACAGGGACCGUGACCAGAAAGGGCUCCACCUUCCGCCCGAUGGACACCGAGGCAGACAAGGCCGCGCCGGGCGCCGAGGCCGGCAGCCACUACCACUGCCCCCUGUCGGCCGGCCGCCACGAGUACGCCCUGCCCUUGACCCACCCCGAGCCCGAGUACGCCACGCCCAUCGUGGAGCGGCCCGCCGUGCGGGGGCAUACCUUCUCCGCGCAGGGCGGCUACCACGUGCCGGGCCCGGGGCCGGCGCUGGCGCUCACGCCCUCGCCCUCCGCCGGCGGCGCGCCCUACCAGACGCCGCCGCGCCCCGCGCCCGCCGCCGAGCGCCCGGGCUACGAUCAGCCCACCGCCGGCGGCCCGGCGGCGGAGCGCGCCCUUCCGGACUACCAGGAGCCGCGGGCGAAGCCCGCCGCCAGCGCCGCCUACGCGGCCCCCAGAGACUGCCUCCAACCCCAGAGCCCCACGGCCAUGACCGCUCUCCUGUGAGCACACUGUGACAGCACCCUGCUGCGGUACAGAGCGGCGGGCUGUGUGCGGCCCUGGCAGACGGGAGAGGGGAUCAAGUGUGCGUGUGUGCGCGCGCGGGUGUGCCUGAGAUUUCAUAGGAUCCUGCGGUGGAGUCCUAGGGCCCACUUCCUACUGUUUACAAAGUAGUGCAUCUGGUUUUGUUCUGACCCUUCGGGCAAGAGCCUGUUGGGUUUUGUUGGGCUAGGAAAAUGACAAUUUUCAGAUGGCAUUUUCAUUUCUCUGUGACACUGAGCUGCUUUCGUAUAAAAUGUGCAAUCUGUACAGAGUUGUAUUUAACAUGAAUUAAAGUAACUUAAGUUCGCUCGAUCAGCUUUUCUGCACAGAGGCUAAGUGGGAGAAUGAAGCUGUUGCAGAAACGUGUGUAAUAGUAUGUUCGCCCGAAGUCUAUUUUAUCUGAUAGUGUGUUCGCAGCAGGUCUGUUUAAACUUAAUCUUGUUGUUAUUGUGGCUCAUUUCCUUUCCUUUGAUAACCAGAACUAAAAGCAUUGCUAACAUUCUUUUGGAAGGAAUGAAAUUACUUGAAGCAGGAGAAACACACCAGGGUGGUUGUUAGCAAUUAUGAUUGUAGAUUAAAACACAAUAGCACACAACCACCUCAGCAGCUGCCUGUACCUUGGACGCCACUUGGGUUAGGUUCCUGCGGGCCGCCGGCGGCUUCCCUGCCUGAGGGGCCUGGGUCUCCGAGGUACGGGCCUUCAUCCCACUUGACUUUCCUCCUCACCUCCGCCCACACAGGCGGUCUGGCUUUCACAUGCAAAUCCACCUUUCCAAACUGUCUGCAAAGCCAAGUGCGGAGACGCAGGGGCCACCAAAAACUGCUCUCCCAACAAACUGAAUGAAGGUGGCACAGUGAUGACAGCCGAAUUACUGUGACAGAUGCUUUUGUACCUCAGAUUAAAAAUAUUGCUGAGGUCAGACGCCCACAUUUUGCAUAACUUUCUUCAGAAAUAACACAUUGUCACUAUGAAACAAAGUUAUUUGAGGUGUGUUCUUGCAAAAGGGACAGCGGCCAAAUCCACAUCUAGCUUUUCUACUGAGAUGGUGGGGAACUGAACUGAUUUUGUUUCUUACAAAAUCAGCGUUCUCUCUGAUUCCAGAUUAGCCCAGACCUCAGCUGUACCUCGUGUUCAGUGCUUUUUAUCUGUUUGCAUUGAGUUCACUGUGCAGAAUUUGCCCUCUUUUGCCAAAGAGGUAAAUGUGUGUUUGUUUAACAAAAUAUGGACCCAAAAAAAAUCCUUUACCUAAAAAAUAUAUCAUGAUUCUAUUUGUAUAACUAUGACUUUGUGUGAAACUAUAAAUCUUAAAAUAGGGUGCUGGAAGUUCACAGCAGACUUUUUGGUUAUUUUAGGGUAUAAACUGUUUACUUUGUGGAGUUUACAUGGUUUUAUAUGCAUACUAAUUGUAA